UUGGCCUCAUCCUGACUCAUAGUCACAGAAAUACAGAGAGCAGCAAGCCGAAAGAUGGAAAGCAAGCCUUCCAAGAGCAGAGCCCGCACAUGCACUCCAGCAUUCAACCCUCAACAUCCAAAGCAGUAAAGAAGACACCGCCGCAUGUCAUGCAAGUAGAAGUAUCUGCUGAUAAACUUGCCAAGAAGAAAAAACUUAUCCCUAAGAUCAUUGUCACCGGCCCCUCUGAGGAACUGCUGUUGAACAGCUAUACGGACGAACUCCCCGAGACAAAAACCAUCCGGGAUUCGGAAGACUAUGGCCCGUAUACUGUGCACUCGAGGCCCAGCACAGUAGACGCUUAUAAGACUGCGGAGGGAGAGGAGCAGUGAGUGCGCCCACCGGAGAGUCGACGGCACUCAGGGGGAUCUUGGGGACCCUCCAGGAAAUCUAGCAGCCCAGCCCUGGGCCCCCUCUCAAUAAAUGGGAAUCCAUCGCAAUGAAUCCUUUCAUGGUUUCACUUUC